AUGGUGCAUAUUGAAUGUAUUUCGGAUCUAACCACUGAGCGGUUUUUAUGGUCAUUUGCGCGAUUUACUUCGAUUUAUCAAAUGCCAGAUGGCAUGUUCAGCGACAAUGGUAAAACAUUUGUGGGUGCAAAGAAUGAGCUGUGCGAUGUAACCAAAUCAUGGAAAUCGAAAGAGAUGGAAGACUUCUUGAGCGUCAAAGGUCUUCGAUGGAAAUUUAUUACUCCAAGAGCACCAAAUCAAGGAGGAAUUUGGGAAGCAGCUGUAAAGUCAGCAAAACAUCACAUGAAGCGCAUGUUAAUUGAUAAAAGUUUAACUUUUGAGCGGUAUCAAACCCUGUUUGCGAAAAUUUCGGCUGUUUUGAACAGUCGACCACUUGUGCCGUUAACUGAUGAUCCAUAUGAUCUAAAUUAUUUGACUCCAUCACAUGCUGUGAUCGGUGAGCGGACCAUCCAACCACUGUGCGAUAAUCUUCAUGACAUUCCAUUGAAUCGAUUGAAGCAACAAAAGGUUCUUGACAAAAUACAACAAGACUUUUGGAAUACGUGGCGCAAAGAAUAA